AUGAGCAAGCGAAGGUAUGGACCCGGUGUUGCUGUUCUAGACAAAUUGCUUUAUGUUGUUGGCGGUCGUGAUGGAGAAGCCUAUCUGAGUAGCUGUGAAAGACUUGAUCCACGAGCUGGUAAAUGGGAAGUGGUUCGUCCAAUGUCAACGCGUCGGAGAUCGCUCGGUUCUGCAGUCCUCGAUGGUCACUUGUAUGCGGUAGGAGGUGCAGACGAGACUAAUUCCAAAAUGAGUUCAGCUGAAAAAUACGAUCCUGUCAUCAAUGAAUGGACUACGGUUGCUGAAAUGAACAAGAUUCGUCAUGGUGUAAGUUUGUACUUUGUUCCCAUGAAAAUCUGUUUGGCUAAUAUAAGGAGAAGAGGUGAGGUUUCGUUUGAAGUAAUACUCACCACUGGGGAUUUGUGUAACAAUGUCGAGGCAUUUUAUCGAUUCCUCCCAGCACACAGAGCCAUUUUGUAA